CUGGAGCUCUGUGACGAGAAGCAGCGCAGACCUCCCCGGACUGCAGCCGCUGCUGCCCGGCUGUCAUCAAUGAGCGACCGCGCCUCAACAGCGUGGAUCUGACGGGGGCUGGACGACCACAACAAACAUUAAAGAAAGCUCGCUGCAGCCACAGUGACAUGGACGGCAGGACUUACUCCACAACCUGCAGAGCUAACACAGGAGCCUUGUCUGAACUGUGGAGCAGAAAAUGACUCACAGAAAUGGAAUCAGAGGGACGAGUGAUCGCUGCCUCACCGCCGAGGCCUGUAGAGUCGUGGAGCAGGCCAACGGGACGGAGCACGACAAAGAUCAGGACUGUGAGUCAGAGGAGGGGGGGCACGGCGGUGCCCGUGGACACCCCAUGGCUGGACCGGGGGUGGUCACGGCUCCAGACGGAGGAUGGGGGUGGGUGGUGCUGGUCGCCACCAUCUUAGUGUUGGCUCUGACGCUGGCAUUCCCAUCCUGUGUGGGGAUCUUUUACACGGACCUGCAGAAUGAGUUUCACGCCUCCAACAGUGAGACGUCCUGGGUGCCCUCCAUCAUGACGUCAGUGCUGCACGCCGGAGGUCCCUUUUGUAGCGUGUUGGUGGAGAGAUUGGGUUGCCGGGCAACAGUGAUGUUGGGCGGAGUCCUGAGCGGGCUAGGGAUGGCUGCCAGUUCGUUUACCCAGUCCAUUGGCCAGCUCUACGUCACGGCCGGGGUUAUUACAGGUCUUGGUUUCUGCUUCAGCUUCCAGCCUGCUGUGACGAUCCUUGGACACUACUUUGUGCGUCGCAGAGCGUUUGCUAACGCCAUGUCGUCCACAGGCACGGCGCUGGGACUGUGCACACUACCUUUUCUGGGUAACUACCUCCAUGAGGAGCUGGGGUGGAGGGGGAGCUUCCUGGUUUUGGGUGCUGUCCUCCUGAACUGCUGCGUGUGUGGGGCCGUGAUGAGGCCCCUGCAGCCCCCUGUACGUCGGGGUCAGCCUCUCAUGAACCACGGUCCUCCUCCACCUGAGGAGGAACCUGUGAAGAAGAAAACAGGGUGGGCUAGGACGAUAUGGAACUACGUGGUGGCCUCUCUGAGCAAACACAUGGCCUUUGAUCAGUUCUGUAAAAACUCACGCUACCGCAUGCUGGUCAUCGGUAUCACCUGGAUGAUGCUGGGGUUUGUGGUGCCGCUCAUUUAUCUUGUCCCCUACGCCACGGCCAACAACAUGGAGCAGGGCCGUGCCGCUCUGCUGCUCUCCAUCCUGGGCAUUGUUAACAUCGUGGUGCGGCCUCCCUUUGGUAUCAUCUUCAACAUGCCGUGGUUCAAGGGGCGACAUGUUUACGUUUUUGCCUCGGCUUUGCUGGUGAACGGACUCAGUAACAGUAUUCCCUGCAUUGCGCCCAGCUUCACGGUCCUGUUGGUGUAUGUGGUAAUCUACGGGCUGUCCAUGAGCGUGGUAGGCUCCCUGAUGUUCACCGUGCUUAUGGAUAUCGUGGAGAUGAGUCGCUUCCCCUCAGCCCUGGGCCUUCUCGCCAUCAUGGAGAGCAUCACGCUGCUCAUCGGACCUCCACUGGCAGGAGUCCUGAUCGACAGAACAGGCCAUUACUUCUACGUCUUCUUCUCCUGCAGCACCGUCGUUGCCUCCGCCGCCAUGUUACUCAUGGUGUCGUUUUGCUGGCUGGAGAACAGAGACAAAAAGUCAGCAAAGCAGGAUCAACCCUCUGCUCUCCCUGAACCGGCGAGACUCACGGCCGUGGACGUGGCUCCCGACUGUCAGUACCGCAGCGUGCCCACAGAAGGAGACAAAGACAAAGCCUCGGCUAACGGGGCUGAGUUUAUCACCAGCGUCUGAACCUGCUCACACUGCGGGGUCAUCCAAAAAACACUCACAGCACAGUCCUGCAGAUUAUUCCUCAUGUUUGUGCCAGUUUGGUGCACCAGAUGUUUGCUUUCCGGCGACUGAAGGACACUUCACCUUACCUGGGUUAGAGUGAGCUGCUGUGACGAGCCGCUGCCAUCUGUUGCACCAUAAAAGUCCAAACAAACACUGUGAAUUAUUUGCUCUGCUUCACACAGGUUAAACACUCAAUCCUGAAUACCAAAAUGAACAGAUGUGCACUUACAACUACGAUGUGAUUGUACUGUUAAUUGUCAAAUGCUGCUGAUCUUAUAUAUACACAAUCUUUGGUUGUUUUCACACAUGCAACCCUGAAAAUUUCUUGGAAAUUUCACAUAGGAUGACCCUUAAAUCUUUCAAAUACCAGAGUCUGAUGCUAUGAGGAUUAUUUUAUACCUUUAUAUCAAUGCUACAUGUAGUCAUACACCACAUAAACAUAAACAAAAGAGCAAAGUGGCCAAAAGAAAACAAUAUAAAUCAUUUUGACUACGCCACAGAAUUCACGCCUGUCACAAGCCACAAAUGCCAUCAAACAGAUUCCCAUUUGAAAGCAUUAAAAUCAGCGCUGAUUCAAAUAAAAGCACAGAGCAAUUAGGAUGUUAAUCCUCUUCUAAACCCCAGCAAUUAAAGGGGAGUGGCCCUUAUUUGUUCAUGUAGACCACAACCCCAGCCGUAAUGCCAGGCCCUAUGAGUUUGACUCCUUUAUUAGAGGAAAUAUGGUAUGCUCCUCCUUGAUGACAAAUUGGAUUUUUGAGGCAAUAUUGCCAACGACUGUUUUGUUUAUCCAUUGCAUGCAUAUAAUAAUCUGAGAAAGCUCCCAUAGAAAGUGUGUGGAAAGGGCAGGACUUUUGAAAAGAUUCCAGGACAGUGAUUGGAGGAACGUUCUGUCAGUCACUCUCAUGAUGGGCCAGUCAGAGUGAGACAUGCACUUCUCCUUAGCAGACAGGCUACUGCUGCCGUAGUUGGGAAUGGUGGAGCUCUUCCGUGAACAAAUUAAUGCCAAGGCAGGUCGGGAGAUGUGCAAACACAUCUUCUCUGCCAAGACAAGCUUUCAACAUGACUUUUAGUUCUUGUUUCAAAGAAAAAUGUGGUCCAGUUCUGAUUAAACUGCCACUUUCCCAAAGCUACAUCCAAGCUAAAAGAUAUACUGGCAGACCCUGCCCAUAACCAUCAUGCCGAAGCCGGUUGGCAGAAGAGCGAUUUCCAUCAUGAAAAGCUUUAAGUAUUGUUUUACUCUUUAUUCCAUACAGAAAUGUGGUCUAGAUCUGAUAAAACUGCAGCUAUCUUGUGGCAAUCAUUACAGUCAGGUAGUACAACUAAACCCCGCCCAUAACUAAUGCCUAGUUCUCCUGAAAUGAAGCUGAUUGGUCCGACAAACUGCACAAACUGUGUGGAUUGGAGCUUUUCAAGAUAGAUUUGCCUGAUUACAGAGAGUCUGGCAAAUUCAUCUGCUUUGCAAGGCUACCCACCCCUACCAGAGCCUGUUAAGUUUAUCGACACUACAAACUUCUGUAAAUUACAGUAAAUCUAAGUAUGUCUUGGCAUGUUGCUGUUAAGCUCUGCAAUUGCACACCACACCAACUUAGAGCUCACAUUUCUCAUAGAAGCAUACACUUGAUAUGUGGAACAUUUUCCUCUAAAAAUUCACUCGCCACAUGGAAAAUCUACCCUGAUUUGUGUGUCAGUGAAAUCGAGACAUGAUGCUGAGACAUGAUGAGGGCUGUCAGCAUUACUGUAUUGUCCCUUUCAGCACAGUUUGGUUAAGCCAUGUCAGCGUCUCCCUGCAACCACAGAAUGCUGCAUUCACUGUAAAAACUCAGACAGCUCAGUGGAUGACUCAAAAUUCAUCUGAACCUUGUGCAACCAACACGUACCUUUUUAAUGUUCUCAUUUCCUUUUAAAACCACUAAAAGUUCCUUAUUCUACUUUCAGUCCACAUCUUCAAUCCACCCUUUCAAAACAGUAAUGAUUUGUACCUGUAUUAUUGUAGAAGAAUUUAUAAGACAGCACAACUCCUGAAAUCACAAUAAAAUAAGCUACCACUAUUAUCAUCAAAUGUUUAGAUGCACAUCCGCAUGGUUUCUCUUCACUUCAACCCCAAAAUUUCACGAGGUCUUCAGGAGUUUUGUGCAUGUGUGAAAACACCACAUCAAACAUGAGGUACGUCACUUUAUCAAGCCAAGAGAUUCGCAUGAUCCUUUAUUUGAAGAAAUCACUCUGAAUGCAUUUCAUGUGUGUCAUAAAGUUUAAUGUUUUUUUUUAUAUAUGAUCAUCUUACAGAGGCAGAGUGGAUCAUCUGCUUCCAAAUGAUGAUACAGGAGGCCAAAUACCGAGAAAACUGAGCAGUAUUAGAACCAAAUAAAUCAGGAUAGGGAAAAUAAAGCUGGUCGAGAGGUUUCCAGGUAUAUCUUAAGGUGUAUUUUAAGUAUCUGAAUCUAAAAAGACAAACCAACAAUGUUAGCAUGAUAUCUAACUUAUAAAUUCAGCUUAAAAGUGAUACAUUAUGAAAAAUACACUUUUCAUGCUUUUCUAACAAACAUACGUCCCCCUGGCUUGUCCGCAAUCCCCCCAAGAUUUAGAAAAAUCCAUUCCCUCCUGCCCUCUCUUAGGCCACUUUUCAGAAAAUGUGUGCUGAAACAAGCCGUUCUCAGAUUUUCCCUUCAUGAUGUCAUGUGGGGAGUUAUCCCUGCCC